AAAAAAAAAAAAAAAAAGUAACACAAUAUUAUAUACUGUAUAAUAAACUAUACACUAAGGCAGGUGUAUGUAAUAAAAUAUUAACCUCCAUUAGAACGAUAACUUAGCUAUAAAUAGCACUCAUUUAUGUCUAAGUCUUUCACAAAUACAAUCACAAAAAAUAACAAAUAUAAAAAAUAAAAUAAAAAAAUCAUAAGAUGGAGAGUGCUAACAAGAAUAAUGGAGAUGUGAAUGUUGUUGAUCAUAUGAAUCAACACUGGGAGUCAAUGAGACAAUUCCUUCAUUCUCAAACCACCGGUGGGUGGCAAAAAUGUUGGGAGGAAGACCGCACUCCAUGGGAUUUGGGGCAUGUAACUCCUGUAAUCCAGCACCUUGUUCAGACUGAUGCCCUUCCUAAGGGCAGGAUCCUAAUACCCGGGUGUGGCAGGGGUUAUGAUGUCAUAGCAAUGGCCAGCUCUCAGCGCAAUGUUGUUGGACUUGAUUUAUCUGAAGCUGCCAUUACCAAAGCAAAAAAGCUUGCGGCUUCAUCAGCAAAUGCCAACUCUACGACUUUCAUCGUCGACGAUUUCUUCACUUGGCAACCAAAUGAGCCCUUCGAGCUCAUUUUUUACUACACAUUCUUUUGUGCCAUUGACCCAAAGACGAGGCCAGCGUGGGCUAGUCGCAUGGCUGAGCUACUCAAACCAGAUGGAGAACUUCUAAUCCUCAUGUUUCCGAUUAGUGAUCAUGUUUGUGGACCACCUUAUAAAGUAUCUGUUUCAGACUAUGAAGAAGUGCUUGCUCCUUUUGGGUUUAAGGCUAUUUCCAUAACAGAAAACGAGCAUGCAAUUGAAUUUCGCAAGGGUUAUGAAAAACUUGGUAGGUGGAAGAGGACAUCAAACUAAGAACCUUUUCCUAUUGUGCUGCUUGAUGAGAUCAGAAGCUGAAUCAGCAUAUUAAAUGACCUGGCCAUGUAGCCUAUAUAUGCUUUGUUUGUAUUUUAAAGUAUUUUAAUGUUGCUGUACGUCUUUC